AUGCGUUACUUGGCUCUUCAAUGGCUCACUGCGAGUCUGCUGGUCAUCAAGCUGGCUUCUGCUCAGGGUUCAUCUCCUCCUAGAGAGCCGAAACAGCCCCUAGAUCCGCUCGCCAGCGCUCAUUACUGGAAAGGUUUAGGACUCCGCCCUAACCGCGCUUCUCCUGGCGGUCAGCCUGGCGCUCCUCCCAGCAGUUUCGAAUCCGGACUUCCUUCCCCAGUCGCUAAACCGCUGCCGAAAGGCCUUCAGCUCGAGUCUGGCUUCCCAGGCCAGCCCACGAAAGCGGUCAUGUACACGUACGUCCCCAAGACCUUCAAGAAGGGCAAUCCGAUCCUCGUUGCUCUUCACCACUGCGGUGGCACUGGUCCAGGCUAUUACGGCGAGUACCCUGACUGGCCCAAAACAGCCGAUCAGAAAGGAUUCCUCAUCGUCUACCCUUCUUCUCCCGGAGAUAAAGGCGACUGUUGGGAUGUAUCUUCCAAGGCCUCGCUCAAGCAUGAUGGCGGUGGAGACUCGCAGACCAUCGUGGAGAUGGUGAAGUACGCCAAGGAGAAGUACGGAUGCAAUGAUCAUCAGGUAUACAUGGUCGGUCAUUCGUCCGGUGCAAUGAUGGUACAGGCCUUGGGUGCUGCCUAUCCGGAUGUAUUUUUGGCCGGGGCUGAGUACUCUGGUGUUCCUGCCAACUGCUUCCGUACUGGGAAGCUUGCUGGAAACGAUUGGAAUUCUACUUGCACGGGAAAUACUUUACACGAAUCGACAUCAUACUGGAUUGGACAGGCGAAGGAGAUGUUUCCUAGCUACAAGGGCUCGAUGCCGCGAAUGAUGCUUGUUCACGGCAAAAACGACGAGGUCAUCGGCUUCAACCAGCAUACGGAGGCCGUGAAGCAGUGGUGUGGACUGCACAACCUAGACCCAAGCCGUCCCACGAAGGUCUACAAACUUCCUGACGCACCGAACUAUGUAGUCUCGGUGUACGGCUCAGAUGUCAUGGCCAUCGCAGCUGAUGGCGUUACUCACGAUAAUCCGGCCAAGGUUGACAUGACUGCACAGUUCUUCGGCCUCUAA